GAUAUACAGGAAGAAUAUAACUAAAUGCUGACAGCACAAUGCUUAGGUAAAUAUAAUAUGUGCGUACUUAUUAGGCUACAAUCCUCACUUCUGUGACUUCCUCACUUUCAUAGUUUGGACAGAGAUUCUUAGCUUCUUCCUAUGAUCUUGUCUUCAUUGCUCCAGCUUGAGAUCACUAGAGUUAUGUCUUUCCAUGCCAAACCUGGAAAUAAUACUGCUAAUUGUUGAUCUGGUGGCUCUUGGUCAGAAUAGAUAAGCAGAGGCAUCAGUGCCCUGCAAGAAACCCUUGCCUUUUGCUCAGAUCCAUGCCAUUCCCACUUUGGUUGCAGAGUUGGGGGUGGGAGAGACAUGGCCUCUUGCCUUCCGGUCUGUUCAUCACCUUGCUUCCAUUCCCAGUCCUGGCAAUAAGGAAUGCCUGGCUAAGGCAGCCUCCCAGAACAUUAAAUCUAUGUCUGAUGUCCAUCCAUUUCCUCCUUGGGGCAAGAAGAUGGGGAACCUAAGUCACUGUCUGGGGGGGGUUGCGGGGAGGAGGCUAGAGCCCUACAACUGUUCUGACCUCUGGAGGUCCUGAGUUUUAAAAUCUGGCUAAUUUAGAUCCUUGCAGAGCGGCCCUCCCCCUGGCUCUUCUCACUUCCCCCUGCUGUGCUAUAUUCAUUUGUUCGCCUCCUCCUCCUUUGGCUAGCUCUUGCUUCUGUGUGCCUUUAACCACCUCCUCUCUCCUGCCCCUCCCCUUCCCUCCCUCAUUUCCACACCCUUUCUUCUCUCUCUAUCCCGCUCUCCCUCAUCACCACCUGACAUCAUAUCCCAUCCACCCAUUGCUGCAGUGAGAGAAGUGUGCAUUCACACUCUCUCUCACACACACAUAUACACAAGCAGACACAGAGAGAGAGAGAGAGAGGCAGACAGACAGACAGACACACACACAUGCAUGCCAAGCCAGGGAACAAAGCUGCAGCUGAGGCCAUACUAGGAGUUACCGUCUCCGUGGUGACCGCUGCCCUCAAAUGCACACCAAAGAGAUGAUGGGGACCUGCCUUUUAGCAAUGCAGCGCCUGCCUUGCUAGCUGGAUGCAUGCCAUGUGGUACCCAGAAAUGGCUGGGAAUCUCCCUCUUGCUCCACCUGGGUGAAACCGUUCUUCCAUGCAGUGACUGCCUGCUGUCGUCUUUAUUUUUUCUUCUGUCUUUCUGAACUGCCGCUGGAUUGUUUCUUCUGAAGAUGUGACCGGAGGAGAAGGAGAGGGAGGCACAUUGUCCAGACAGUUUGUGGUUGCUGAUAGCUUUGCACUCUGGGUAUUUGCCUCCUUGUCGGCAACAUAGCCAGAGACGUGAGGCUUUCAGGUGUGGGCCUAUCUGGCAUAUCUUCUUUAGCCACGGCCCCUUGGUGGGGAGGACCAGAGGAGGCGCAACGGAGAUGUGAGAAUUCCCGUGCAAGGCAGGUUGGCCAGCAAGAGCCAUGCAAGGCCCAAACCUGCAUGUGGAAAGAACAGCUUUGAGGAAUUAACCCCUGCUUCUCCUGCCAACACCAAGGAAAGGGGACACCACCAAUCAGCCACUCGUCCAGGAGGAGAAAUACCACCUUGGUGGGCAACCCAGAGAGUGCUUGCUGCUCACUGGCCAAGAAUAGAAGAUGCCCUUAGUGGAUUUUUUCUGUGAGACCUGUGCAAAACCAUGGCUGGUCGGCUGGUGGGACCAGUUCAAAAGAAUGCUGAACCGUGAAUUAACCCACCUCUCUGAAAUGAGCCGUUCUGGAAACCAGGUGUCUGAGUACAUUUCCAACACCUUUUUAGACAAGCAGAACGAUGUGGAGAUUCCAUCCCCAACACAGAAAGACCGGGAGAAGAAGAAGCGGCAGCAACCCAUGUGUCAGAUCAGUGGGGUCAAGAAACUCACGCACAGUUCCAGCCUGACCAACUCCAGCAGUCCCCGCUUUGGGGUGAAAACAGACCAGGAAGAGCUACUCAGUAAGGAACUGGAAUAUCUAAACAAGUGGGGUCUCAACAUUUUCCGGGUUGCUGACUAUUCCAACAAUCGGUCACUCAGCUGCAUCAUGUAUACAAUAUUCCAGGAAAGAGACUUGCUGAAAACUUUUAAGAUCCCUGUGGACACAUUAGUCACUUAUAUCAUGACACUAGAAGAUCACUACCAUGCUGAUGUGGCCUACCACAACAGUCUCCAUGCUGCUGAUGUUACUCAAUCCACACACGUCCUCCUGUCUACACCAGCCUUGGAUGCUGUCUUCACUGACCUGGAGAUCUUGGCUGCAAUCUUUGCUGCUGCCAUUCAUGAUGUGGACCAUCCGGGUGUCUCCAACCAAUUCCUGAUCAACACCAAUUCAGAGCUGGCAUUGAUGUACAACGAUGAGUCUGUUCUGGAGAACCAUCACCUAGCUGUGGGUUUCAAGCUGCUGCAGGAAGAGAACUGUGACAUCUUCCAGAACCUGAGCAAACGACAGCGACAGACCUUGCGCAAGAUGGUCAUUGACAUGGUCUUGGCCACCGACAUGUCCAAACACAUGAGUCUCUUGGCUGAUCUGAAAACAAUGGUGGAAACCAAAAAAGUGACCAGCUCAGGUGUACUUUUGCUGGACAAUUACACUGACAGAAUACAGGUCCUACGGAACAUGGUUCACUGUGCAGACUUGAGCAACCCCACAAAGCCUUUGGAGUUGUAUCGGCAGUGGACGGACCGGAUCAUGGAGGAGUUCUUCAGGCAGGGUGACAAAGAACGGGAGCGAGGCAUGGAGAUCAGCCCUAUGUGUGACAAGCACACAGCCUCUGUGGAGAAGUCACAGGUGGGAUUCAUUGACUACAUCGUGCACCCACUGUGGGAGACUUGGGCAGACCUUGUCCACCCUGACGCCCAAGACAUUUUGGACACUCUUGAGGACAACAGGGACUGGUAUCACAGCAUGAUCCCCCAAAGUCCUUCCCCACCCCCAGAUGAUGCCGAGAAGGAUGAGGAGGCCUGUCUGGAGAAAUUCCAGUUUGAAUUAACCCUGGAGGAGGAAGGGGAGGACUCAGAACCAUCCGAGAAGGACCGCAGCAGUCCUGGAGACGAGGACAACAGUUACUAUACAGCCACAGAAAACCAACACGAGUCCCAGGACGGACAGGACAGACGAACGGACAGUAGAGCAGCUGGCACAUCCCUUGGAGCAUCAUGACUGUGGGAAGGGACAACUGAAGAAAGCAAGCUCACCUACAGACACACACACACACACACACACACACGGAAGUUUUCAUGAGGGAGGGGUGGGGAUAAAAAAAAUGGAAAAAACCUCAUUUUUUAUUUUUAUUGUAUUUUUUAUAAAAGGAAAACUAAGAAAAAAAAAGGGGGGGGGUUGGGGAAUACACACAACAACUGUAGAACCAGGUUGGCCCCAGCAGAAGGUAGUAGCCUGCUGCUGUAGUGACUGGCCCAAGCACUCCAGAAAUAUUUUUUCAUUUCUUUUUUCCCUUCCCUUCAUUAUUUCUGACUGGUUGUUUUUAAUUACUUCAUUUUGCUAACUUUUUUAGACUUCUGCAACCAGGAAAGGGAAGAGGGCACUAACGGUAUGAGGCAUGUAUGUAGCAGCAGAGAGGCAAAGCCAAUAGAACUAUUUUUAAAAUAGUGGUUUUGCCUAUUUGUAGUAAAAAUAGAUGCAGCGCAGGAGCUUGACGACAAAAACUGGUAACCAUUUGUCCUAGAUACACAGAGAGAGAGAGAGGUUCCUGUAGGGCAAUGUUUUUCAACAGCAACUUUUUAAGAUGUCUGGAGUUCUACUCUUAAAAUUCCUAUCCAGCCAUCCUGGCUGGGGGGGGGGGAUUCUGGGAAUUAAAUCCCCACACAUCUUACGAAGAUGCAGAGGUUGAGAAACCCCCGCUGCAGUUCCUUUGUUCCAGAUAUGCCCUCCCCAUUUAGCUCAUGUACUUGUGCCUUUAUUUCAUUGGAGGGAAACCUCUGAAGCUCUUCAGAUGGUGUCAGAAUCUAACUCCUCUUCUCCAAUGUCCCUUUAGAAUAGCUGGGGCCAUCUGGAGGUUUUCUCAGUGCCCUCCAAAGCACAGCUCUCCCAGGUAGGAUGUUCAAACAUUGGAGAAGGGUGAGAGGGAAAGUAUUGUUUUUAUUUUUGUAAGUUAUUUUUUAAGCUAGUAGUUAUUUAUUUUUGUGAAUUUACAUAGAUUUGAUUUUUAUUAUGGACUGAUGAGAAAAAGUUUGCCCUUGAGGAUUUUGUUGCUGUUGCUUGGUGUGUGUGUUUUUUUUUCUCUCCUUUCUUGGAGCAGUUCUAUUUUCUAUUUAAUGUAUGGUUUGCAGGUUUUUAAUUUUUUGCCUACAAUGCCAUAGAUUUCCCCCAGAGCAAAUGGGAGAAGAUACUACUUUUACAAAAAAUGAAACUGAAAAGGGAACAAGAAUCUAAAACAUUCUAUCUAAGUUUCCAACUAGCCGAGUCUUCCUCCAUUCCUCAUUUUGCACAAAAAUAAAAAGGCAAUACAGCCAGGAUCAAAUAUUUAUGCUGGCCAGCUUGCUUAGACAGCUCUCAGCUGGGGACCUCAGGUGUGAGUAUUCCUUCCUUCAGGUUGGGGACGGAAUCAGCAGAUAUGAGGACUGGAGAGAGGGGUGGUGUACGCUGAGUGGUGUUUGUUUUAUCAGUGAUUUGCAACUUAUCUUCUUUGUGUGUCUGGAUGCUGAUCUCUGAAAUGCAGUGCUCCCAGGUUUCUCAGCUACAAAAAGCAGUUGUAUUGAAAGGAUCUUCCCAUUUCCCCCAGAAGAAUAGAAAAUUAGCAGCCUUUCCUAAUGAUCUUUCUGUGUGAUGUGGUGUAUCAACAAGGCUGGAACACAAACAUUGAUUUAGAGUUGAAAUUGUGAGAAGGGGGAGAGAUGGGUUUGGUUUUAAUCUGUUACGAUUUUCAGGAGAAAGAGCCUCUAACAUCCUUGGCUCCAAAGAUGGGGAAUCUGUCUCGGACACCCUCAGCUACAUAGUAAUGGAUGGAGUGAGAUGGAGCCCAUCUUUUUUAUCGGCUCAGAAAGCCACAUCACUUAGCUAUAAAGUAGGGAACAAAUUGCUUGGAUCAGAGUUGAGACCCCAUUCUAGGAGGUCAGGAUAAUCAAAUGAAAAAGUCACCUGCCUUGAAAUCAGAUUUGGAGACAAUUUUGUCAACAGUGGUUAGCCAAAGGGAAUCUGACAGAUUUCCUUGUUCCUAUAGAGGCUAUGAAAGUAAUCCCUGAGUCUUGUUCCACGUGUUACCAUGCCAGAUCCCUCUUUCCUCCAUCCUGGAGGUGUGUGUAAUAGUGUUUCAUCCCAGAAAAUAAAAACUAGGCCCCUCCAUGAACCUGCUCCUGAUUAUCAUUUUCCCAGGAGAAAUCUGUUUGGCUGCUUAUUUUCUUUACUUUAACUAACAAAAUAGUUUGAUUGGCUAAAUGCAGCAUCCUUGUAUCUUGGCAUUGAAGGGAGAGCAUUUUCUCAUUCCCAAAAUGCAUCGCAUUAAAUGGAUAUUUCCUGCUAGGUCAUUAGUCUUUCACUGGACAAGGAACACUGCGGGAUCCAGUCUUCAAAGUUGCAGGACCACGAUCCCCUUGGCAUUGUUUCGCUGCCUCUAUGGACUAGUCUUGGGCUGGUUGAUGUGUGGGUAUAUUCCCCACCACUUGCUAAGCAGCCAUGCCUCCUGCUGUUUACUAGUAGGAAGAUAGCUGUAGUUUUGGAUUUGUUGGUUUCUUGAUUGCAGAGCCAUUGAGUAUGUAGCCUAGUCCAGCUUUUCCAGAUUCUUCGGAGAGAAGACAUACUCCCCCCCUUAGUCCCUCUUAUACGGUUACCCAGCACCAGUGCACGACUCCUUUAAUCCCCCCACCGACACCUCAGAAGAAGUGAGGGUGAAGCAAUAACAACUAAGCCCUUUUCCUGCCCCCAUUGCUACAACUGAGCUGUUGAACCAAAGCCAAGUCUCCUCUUUUGCAAAGGUCUCAUUCUGCACAUGGACACCACCCACUUUGCAUUGGCUGCUCCUUAGCCAGCUCUCUUAGCAAAGUAAUGUCUCAGGCCUUAGGUCAGCCCGAGCUUGGGAGAGGAAGUUGUGGGAUAUGCUCUGGGGCUGCUGCUCGGGUAGACCUGAGCAUUGCCAAGUGCUGGCCUGAGACCGUGACAGCUUUGGUUAGCCACAUCAUACCCAUGGAGAAGGCCAGCUGCACAGAGAGCCCUGGCGAGGUUGCUAUCCCUUGGUGGCCGGCCUGCCAAGAGUUGCCAUCCCUGCAUUGCCAGUCUUUGCAAGAAGGCCAGUGUAGGGCACCUCCUUUCCAACCCAAGGGAGAGAAAACAUGGCCAUUUCUGAACACAGUACUGUAGCUAUUUUCUUUGUAUUUUUACUUUUCUUUCUUGAAGCCUCAAUUGCAAGGGAUAAAUAAGAAAGAGAAUCUCUUUCUAAUUUUCUGUAUAGCUUUUAUUUUUGUAUGCCGUUCUGUUCCACAAGUUUGUUGGGUCAGGUUUGGACUGUACAUAAUUGUGAAUAAGCAGAUUGUAAAUUAUUCUAAAAAGUAAAAAGAAUCUUGCAAACAAGAUCCCCUUUCCCCUGCGGACCCUUCCUCUCCCAUCCUCCACUCCUGCCAGGGGCCACACUGUGCUCGAGAGCAUCCAGGGAGAAGAAAAGAGAGCUCUGGGAGACUCUCCAGCUGCAUUUUCUCAAGGUCUCUCGGGCACAGACCCCACUGCACCUCCCUCCACCAUCCCUUUCUCCUGUCUGUGUAUUUAUGGUGUAAUAUAGACACACUGGACAUUGUAGACUUGUCAUUUUUCCUUGCAGUGUCAUUAAUCAGCUGUUGCAAUGUUCUCUCUCAGAUGUUACCAAACCGUUCAACAGCCAAGCUCACAAAUAAAUCAGGAGGAAGGGAUUCUCUGUGCCUCCAAAGACAA